UGGAAAUUACGGGUGGGCCUUGAAGGCAGCAUUAAUCCUCGCACCUUUUCAUCACAGAGGUGUUUCAUUUGUUUGAGUCGCCGCCGCUGGGGUGGCAUUGGAGCUUUCUGUGAGGUCGGGGCUGAGGAUAACUGCGUGUUUUUACUGCGUGGAGACAGUUUCUGUCCACUCCUUUUACAUUUCCCUGCAUGGGAGACAUCCCAGCCUCAAACAUGAGCAGUUUGAACGCCUACAAAGAACCAUUUGACAGAAGCAGCUCUGAGCCUGUGGAGGACACAGACACCACCAGCUUUGUGGCAGAAUUUUCCUUGGAGGCCAAUUAUCCCGUGCAAGUAACAGAUCCCCAUGCAGACGCUGUGACGCUGCACCUCAGCUCGAUGCCCUCGAGAUACCUGAGUCCCUCCUCAGAAGACAGAAUAAGACAGCCAGUGGAAGAUGUGGAAGAAUGCACUUGCCCCACUUCUUCUUCACCAGACUAUCCCAAAGAACUACAGUUUUUAACGAACCCCUGCGAGAAGUGCUUCUGCCCGGCACCCCCUCCCAAAAUCAGCGACCUCAUGAACGACAAAGAUCUGCUGGACUUGCUGCGGCUCAAAUUGGAUCCAAACCACUGCACCAUCAAAAACUGGAAAAACUUUGCGAGUCGUUGGGGGAUGAGCUAUGACGAACUGACCCUGCUGGAGCAUCGGACCCAGGGUUCCUUGUCCCACAGCCCCACCCAGGAGUUCCUGUUACGCUACAACCAGAAGACGGUCACUGAGCUCACUGAACUUUGCCGCAUCUAUCAGCGCAUUGAUGUGCUGCGACUGCUGCAGAGCUGGAUAGAGAAGGAUUGGCCGUCGCGCUGGCAACACACACAAUCAAUUUGACUCUUAAUCUUUCAGGGUUGUACUUGAUUUCCUAAUUUUCAUAAGCUUUGAUACAUGCUACCAGUUUUUUGUAUCUUUAGUAAAUGAGCUUGUGAAAUGGA